GUAAGCAAGGUAACAAGGGGGUGGUGGCCACAAUCAGCACGCUGCCCGUAUCUGUACUGCCCUUCUGUGAGCCGUUACACUCGUUGGGGCCAGCCCAGCUACCGAGAUAACAGUUUUUUGUAUGCAUGCGAGCCGUCCAAGGGACUAUAG